AUCCUCUGUGGGAAGAGAGGACCGAGCGCAGCCAUGUUCGGGAUUGGGAAGAAGCUUGCUGAGGAAGCCACGCAACAAGCUGAAAGUGCUGCACAGGCGGCAGUUAACACGGUGGGCCAGACUGUGCAGCAAGUAGUGGAACAGGCCAAGGAUGCUGGUCAGAAAGCUCUUGACGAAGUCUACAAAGUUGCUGAAACUGGUGAAAAAGCUGUAAAAAACGUAGCAAAUCAAGCAACUUCGUGGGGCAAAAGCUUUGGACAAUGAAGAUAAAAAUGCACCACCACUGA